CCGGGACAACAACAGUUACAUUAGAUGCUGUUACCCAACCACCUGAAGUGUCUCUGAUCCAGAAGCCUUGCUGAUAUUACCCUUGAUUGAAAAACUUUGGGUAUUAUACAGUACUUUAUAAUAUUGGAUAAAUAUUUCUACAGCUGCAGAAAGAAAUUGUAAUCAGUAAAUUAAAUUAUUGCCAUAACAAAAUUUGCCUCCUGUGGCAUUAAUUUAAGAUUACAAGAAAGAACAGACCACGAAGGAGUCUUCUGCACCAGACCGAUCCUAAUAUAAAGAAAAAUGUGGAGUGACAUCUUCUACCCUGAUAAUCCUAAGAGAAGGGAACAGCUCAUCCGCAAAAAUCAAGAGUUUAAAGAUCUGAUUGAGAACAACUUCCGAGCCACCAACCAACUGAUUGAUGUUAUGAACGAUCACUUGAGCUGCUCCUUCCAACAUAUCAAGCUGAAUGAGGAAGCUUCUCUCCAGGAGAACUGUAAUGUGAUGAUUGAAUGCAUGCAAAAGAUCCAGGCAGUGGUAGAGAAGAUUGACAAGGAGCUGAAGGAGAAGCUGGAUCCCACCCUGUAUGAGAAGCUGCGAAGCCUGUCUCUGCUUCCAGAAGACUUUAAUCUGGUUUCAAAAGUUCUUGAAGUAGUUUGUGGUGUUGCAACUGUGGUAUCUACUACCGUAAUUGGUCUUUUAAUUAAAAAUGGAGUAAUUCUGGAAAAUAUAACAAGUAAGUUUGUUAUAAUUGGAGCAGGGACAUUAGCUUGUGUUGGGUUGGCAGUGGUGUUCAUGGGGAUUGACAUGAUUGUUGAGGCCAUUCUUGGGAGCAUUGAGCGUGAUCAACUUGAGAAGGCCCUGAAAGAGUAUGACAAAGCUUUGGAUGAAUUCAAACCAGCGUCUGAAAAAUAUCAGGAUAACAUUACCUACGUCAGGAUCAAAAUUGAGGAAAUUAAGGAUUAGAAAUGACCGUUUGAAAUGUUUGCUUUUUCCUGCCUAAAAUGUUUGCUGGAAUUAUUAAACUAAUAAUUGUUAUUACAUGUUUGUGCUUAAAAACAUGCAGAAAUAUAUGAAAAUUUAGCUCAAAGUGACAUUGUGAAAUGAUAUGCAGAAUGUAGAAAAAGAAAGAGUCAAAUGAGUUGUUCUGCUACAUCAGCUCUGCAGCAUAUUUUGAGUUUUUUUUUAACUAAAUUAAUAACUAUUGAUUUUUACAACAGAAUGAAUCAAUACUGAAUUUACUUAAGCUGA